AUGACGCUCGAUCUCCCCUCUCCUCAGCGCCAGGACAGCUACUUGCCCAUCCCCGCCGAGUACGAGGAGGCGCUCCAGAAGGCGCAGGCACAGUUCGAGGAGCACAACGACCCGGCCAAGGAGUCCGAGUGGGAGGACGCAGGCGAGCGCGAGGACGUCAAGCUGUUCAAGAAGACCAACCCGGAGAAUGCAUACGACGUGCCCAUCGUCAAGGGCGUCACGCUGGUGGAGAAUGCCACGCCGUCGCAGGUGCUCGCUGUGAUUCAGCAGCCCGGCAUGCGCAAGAAGUGGGACCCGCGCUUUGACGCUGCCACCCAGCUGGAGCGUUACGACGCGCAGACCUACCUCUUCUACACGUACCUCAAGUCGCCCUCGUACUUUGUCUGGGCGCGCGACAUUGUGGGAGUGCAGCGCAACAAGGUGAGCGACUCUGGCGACCGCAUCACUGUCAUCCAGACUUCGGUCGCUGCCGACCAGUACGUCGACGAGGCGGGCUCGUACUCCAAGUCGCGCACGCGCGCCACGCUCGAGGUGUCGGCCUGGGACCUCGUCCAGCAGGGCAGCGACACAAAGCUCGAGUACGUGGUCAAGAUCCACCUCAACGGCUCGCUGCCCACCUCGGUUGUCUCCAUGGUCGCCACCGAGACGCCCAUGUGCGUGGGCCGCGUGCGCGACGUCUACUACACCAACGGACACCUGCCCUACGAUGCAGCCCAGGACAAGGGCGACAAGUCCUCCACCAACACCAUCCUCGUCUACUCCGAGUACGAGGACGGCGACGGAACCGAGGCCACCUCGGGAGAGAAGAGGUGGACCAUCUGGUACCACGCCACGGGCGAGGACAGCCUCAAGCUCAAGUUCGACAACCAGCGUCUCUACCCGAGCCUCAACGUGGCCGUCGAGGGCGAUGCAGCUUCCGACGUCACGGCCGACCUCGAUCAGGAGGCCGGUAUCGUCAGUGUCAAGGUCGCAGAGGCCGCCAAGGGCAAGGGCUUCUCCCUCGUCUUUACUCCCUGA